GGGAGAAGGGAGGGCUGGAACAGGAAAUUGAGAGGCCCUAGUGCAGGAACAACUGCUAAGCUGCAGAUGUUUGGCAGCUGCAGACAGAGGAAGUGCCUAAGAAGGGAGUGAGGUUUGCUCGGCUGAAGAAGGCACAGGACGAGACAAGAGCUGCGGAGGACCUAGUGGUAAAACAUGCCUCUUCCGCCACCCCCUUCCUCACCUCCGCCCCCGUGUCCAGCAUCUAGAGAAUCUCUGAGCCUGAAUAGGCCCUUUCUACGAAGCCUGUUAGGAGGGCUGCGUCUAGCACAGCUGCUGUUGGGUGCUGUCUGCUGGGUAACUUUAGCGGCGCACAAGUACGAAGGAGCAACCUACUUUGCAGUUUUUGCAGCAGUCCUGGUAUGGCUUCUUACUUUGGCUCUCUUUGGGCUCAGUUUAUUGGGCCGCUGGACUCUGAUGCCUGUGCUGGGAACCCGCUGGCUCCUAACAAACAUACUGCAUGACCUGUUGCUUGGAGUCAUUUUCUUCACGGCUGCUGCAGGCAUCAUAGGCUACAAGGCACGGAGCAUCAGCUAUUGUACCCUGCGAGGUUACAGCCAGCCCUGCAGUUACACCGCCUACUUAACUGCUGCUGUCUUUGCCGGUAUUACUGCCUUCUUGUACUUGCUCUCGGGACUCUCCUGCUUGGUACGGCGUUUCCGGGGGCACCACGAUAUCAUCUGAGAGAUGCAAGAAGUUGAAGAAGUGCAAACAGACCUUAUUCAAAUAGAUGGAUGAGCCUCGCAUACAAUUAGCCCUAUAGAUACCUUGCUCCAGACUCCUUAUCACCUUCCUUUUUUUUUAAAGUAAAUUUUAUUAGGUUUCAAGAGAAGAAUAAAAACUACAAAAACAAAAAACCACAAAGAAAGAAAAAACAAAAAAAGUGCGGGAGCACAAGAGAAAAAUCAAAUUUACAAAAAGAUGUGGCUUCUGACUUUUAACAGCAAGGAUGUACAAAAAUCCUUAUCACCUUCCUGAGGAAAAGAUGUACAUCCCCUAUUUUUCUAACAGCAAUGAAUGCUCUUGCCUCCAGAUGACUGAUCUCUUCAUCCACAGAUGAACACAUUCUGUCAUGACCCAGAAGCUAAAAAUGAUGUACCUUAGGAGGAAAACCUGGGAACCAGAUUGUAGGUUUUUUCUCUCUCUCUCGUCUUCUUUCACUUUGGCAGGAGGGUUUCUAUGGGUCUGGGAAGUUUUGACCUGAUCUGUGCUUCCAACGUAUCUGAUUGCUAUAGGAAAUCCCUGGGAAUUCAGAAGUAUCACCUUCUGGGAUGCUUUCUUGGUUUUAUUAUUCAUACUAUCCUGUUUUGGGUCUUAGAAAUUAAUGUUCAGAUUUUAUAACCUAAGGCCUUCAUGAGUUUCACUUUGUUUAACCUGGGGAUAUUCUAUUUUAAUCAGAUAUUUAUAAAUAAUUAUUUACUGUAAACUUUUAAAAUUUUGAAUACACCCCUGAUAGCAUUUUGUAGCAUUAUUAUGGUAACUUAUUUUUCAGAAAACAGAGGGAUGAAGGCUCCUGCCAACUGAAGAUGUAUACCCUCUAAUUGAAAGAGCUGAUUUUUAAUUCCAGAUGUAUGCUAAUUGAAAUAAGAAAAAUAUUACAUGUUGAAUAUGCUCAGAAAUUACCUUUGUGGGUAUUGUUUAAUAUGUCCCAGAACUAAGCAUUGCCCCCAUGAAUGGAUUCCAAGCUUAUGGGUUUCAGUUCACAAAAGAAUGUGCUCAAAUUAGGCUUUCUUGUCUCAUAAAUGUUGCUCUGUGUAUUAUUACUUCACUUGAUGAAAUCUCACUUAUUCAGUGUCCUGUAUUAAAGCAGCCUUCUCCAAAAUUGUUCCCGUCAGAAGCGUGGAACUCUAGUUUCCAUCUGAAGAGAAUUAUAGGAAUAUUUUUGUCCAAUGUGCUUGAGAGUGCCAGAUUUGGGAAGGCUCUUUUAAUGAUUUUCAAACCAAUCAUUAUGGAUAGGAAGGAAUGUUCAUAGUGAUGGGAUAAAAGAUAGCAGAGGCCAAAGGUGGUGCUGGUAAUUAUCAGGGUGCAUCAUAACUUAUUUUCCCUAGUUAACUCCUUAUAGGCCCAAAGUUUACACAGGGUAUCUUUCAAAGACAGGUAUCCAGAAAUAAAGCUUUCCAAGUUCAUAUCCCCUAAAGCAACUGUUUUAUACAGACUUCCUAAAAAUAUCCAGGAUUUGGAUCUUAAUAAAGAAGAUACCUCACUAGCAAGGGAUGGAGCUAUUUUCCAGGCUCCAAAGUGUGGUUUAGCUCCUUUUAUGGUAGGGCCUUGUAUCUUUCUGCCCGUUAUAAUCUGGAAACACUUGCAAUUUGUUCUGCAUAAAACGUUACACUUAAUCCAAUUUAAGGCAGGUGAAAGUAGAAUUUUAUGGUGCCUGAGCAACAUAAAAAGAGAAGUUUUGAAUAUAAAUGUGCAAAUUAGCCAUAGUAGUUUAAAUAUCAUUAAUUCAGAAGCUAGUAUCUGGUCAAAAGGAAGAGAGUGGGAAAUCAUUUCCAUAGCAGCAAGAAUUCUUGAACAGAAAGUUACGUAAUUCAGAAAACUCCUGAUACUGUCGGGGUUCAGCAUGGAUGAAUUCAGAAUUUCGUGGAGAAAUGGUGCUGCCUGGCACUACAACACUGUAUGAAGUGAUUAAACCUGACAGUAUUAUAGCCUGAUACCUGUAAUCACUCAAAUCUUGGAACCAGAGUCCAACAACAGUUUGCAUCACAGAAACAGAAUGUUUCACUAUGCUCAUGGCUGGUCACUCACUGCCCUAGGACAGGAAAGGUACCUCUGAAAAGCAGCUAAUAUUUUCUUGGGCACAAAAUAUUAUGCUUUUUUUUCAAACUUCCUGAGCAGCUACCAAGACUGCCUCUGGCAAAUCUCUACACUGAUGUGCUUUUAUACCAGUAGUAUAAAUAGUGGAGUUGGCACUCCCUUGACAAAACCUUCAUUAGGAAGGAACUUUGUUCCAGCAAUAGCAAAUGAGAAGCCAACUUCACAGCCCUUUUACUCAAUGAUGUCUUAGGACUGGCUACAGGCGUUUCAAAAUGACUGAUCUGCUUGAACCUCAGGCACAUUCCUGAAUUUCCUCAUCUACUUACUGAAAAGCUUGAUUCCAGCCAUUUACAUCUCUGUUACUAUGCUGAGUAAAACAUAUCUGAAUGCACCCACCUUGGAACAUAAAGGAAUGGCUCUAUGACAAUUACUUUGCAGAGAAGGUACCCUUCUUCCUAAAUCAGCUGUAGGUUCUUUGGCCAGAAUGUUCUGCUGCUGUAAAGACUGAGCCCAGGAGAUUUUUUGGUGCAACAUCAUCUUCAAUCCUGAGGCAUGAGGAAGUUGUUCUGUAUGGAUCCCUAAUCUUCAGACAUGCUGAACCCCAAGAGCAAUUUGGCUCUAUGCUACGGGCAGCCCAUCAGUGGAGGAUUGCUGUGCCAUUCUACCCAUUUUCUUACUUGGAUGGGAAGAAUAAGGGGAAGUGUUGUUGCUACUUCUACUGUUAACAUGCUCUCAACAAUGUAUAAUAUAUUUGGGAAUGCCUAUAAAAUCCAUUCAGUUUGGAGUAUCUCAUGCCACAAUAGACUAUUCUUGGAGAUAAAAUCUGGGCAAAGGCUUUCUCAGUAGGAGGAAAUGCAGAGCAAGCUGUAUGAGGUAGAUUAAAUAUUUAGGGUAUCUGGAUCAUUUUCCCCUUUUCAGAAUUUCCCACUUUGGUCCUUACACAUAGAUGUCAGUUCCUGCAUUGGGAUCUAGAUACAGUAUGCUCUGUCCUGAUAAAGAUUACAUUCCAGUUCCUUUCCUGACAUAUGUAAUUAACUCACAUUCUGAAUAAAAUUGUGUAUAGUGAGCAUAAUGUUAAAUAUCUCUGUUUUAAACAUGCAUUUUCCUCUCCAAAUGCAGCCAGGACAAGGGGAAAACCUAGGUAUGAGAACAAGGAAAAUACAACUUACAGAGAGAUGAGGGGGAGUCUGGGUAAUAGUAGGAAAGAAGCACUUCACUCAUCUUGGUUGUGAAAAAAAUAGCAAUUACAGAUUAAAUAACUAAGAAUUUGCUAAAUUCCACAACACCAAAAUAUACUGCCUGAGAUUUCUGCCUCACUUAUUUAAUGCUAGGGCUGGCCCUGUGCCUUGUCCCUGCAAAGUAGGUGUUCCUGGUACUGUAAGAAAUAAAGAAAUCUGAUUUGGAGACUGCAUGAAAAAAAUGUACACCUUUCUUUCAUGAGCUCAAUGAUUUUGUGAUAAUUUUUCUCUCUAUAUGCAUGAUUGGCAUCAGUGUUAUCUUAACUUCUUAAGCCCUCCUUUGCACAAGUUAGUCCUGCAACUAAGUAUUAACACCUAUUGUCUUCAGUUAGAUGGUGCUUUACUUUUGAAAUAAAAGAUGGAGUUGA